GGAGGAGGUGGGAAAGUAGAGAGGAUUAAUAGCUCAGGUUAAGUGAGAAGUGAGGAUUAAGUAUUUCUGCGAAUUGUUUGGAUGUGGACUUAACUGUGUUCAGUGCUCUUAUCGACAAAGGAGACUGUGAAGGACAAGCUGAGCAGGAUGAAGGCACCGAGUUCUAAUCGCUUGAGUUCCGAGAGUCUGGGAUACGAGCAGCGAUGCUCUACAGUCUACAUACUGUGUGAGACUACAGCUCACUGACACAUCAUCAUCUACUACACACUGUGUGUGACUACAGCUCACUGACACAUCAUCAUCUACUACACACUGUGAGACUACAACUCACUGACACAUCAUCGCCACUGACCUCUAGAUGAGUUUUAUGUCGGGUGUGCGCACACCUUUGUCACAUGGUAUCAAUGCACCGUCUGGCUUUUGCUGUCUUCCCAGUGCAGGACUAGAAAAGAUUUUCAUUAUGGUCAUAACACUACAUUUCAUUUUAAAAUUCAAAUAAACACUCGUAUUUCUAUGUUACCAUGAAAUAUUGUAGUGGCGCAGGAAGAUGUUAAACUUUGAGGGGGAUAUGUGGAACUCCAUGAUGGCAGUAAAGAUUAUCAAAAGGAACUUAAAAAUCAGGAUGGUUUAUUUAAAGACAAAAGAAUCGACAUAGAUACAGAAAAGAGUGAUGGAAGAGAGGAAGAUGAUUUCCUGCUUAGUGUCUACUCAUUGAGAAACAAAGCUCGCAUUGCUCCAGCCGCAGUUAACUACUUCCUGCUGAUAAUAUCAAACAUCGUCCUUCGAUGUCUUCGAAAAUUUACUGACAGAGAAGUGAAUUGUGGACUGUUGCUGUCAGUAAAGAAUCAUUGUCAGUGCCUGCUGACAGUAACACAAAGUGUACUUGAUGCUAGCACCGCCAUCGAGAAGUUGUUUGGCUGCAAAGACAGGACAGAGUUAGAUGUCUACAUGUCAUCACUUGUAUAGCAGGACAGAGGUAGAUGUCUACAUGUGGUCAUCACUUGUAUAGCAGGACAGAGGUAGAUGUCUACAUGUGGUCAACACUUGUAUAAGCAGACAAAGACAAUGUUACUCAAGCUGUGUGUCAUGUGGUUAACAGCUUUCUGCUGUCAUGCUCAAAAUGCCGUGAACGUGGCCCUGAACAAGACAACAAGUCAGAGCACCUAUUAUCGUGCCUUUACCUCAGGGUCUACAGCGGUGGAUGGCAGGACACCGGGUGGAGAUGUCACCCAGUUCAUGACCUGCAUCCACACAUCUGAAAAUCCCAGAGACGAGUUUCCAUCGUGGGAAGUAGACCUUGGUCACGUGUACCCUGUGGCUUACAUCACCAUCUAUGGUCGUCCCGGCUUCUUACACAGAAUGGUGGACACAACUGUCAUCAUAGACAGUAUCACGUGCUUCUCCAUCCAAAAAGCUCCCUCUACCAACCGUUUUAACGUGUUGUGUACCACGGCGCUGUCUGGCAGGAUAGUCAGGAUAGAGAGACACAGCAGGGUUAAGAAGGAUUUCAGCCUCAACAUGUGCGAAGUUCAGGUGUGGGUUUGCAAGGACGGAAAGUACGGUGCUAGCUGUGAUCAAAGCUGUGGUCACUGUGAGGGUGAGACUUGUGACAAAGACAGUGGACGAUGUCCGAGAGGCUGUGACCCAGGCUGGCAAGGACAACAAUGUCACACACGUUGCAGGGAUGGCACGUAUGGUUGAACUGUUCUCAGUCGUGUGGUCAGUGUGCCAACUCCACUUGUGACAAGGUGACGGGUAGAUGUCCGCGUGGCUGUCAAACAGGGUGGACAGACGACUUGUGCCGAACUGCUUGUGAAGAUGGGAAGUAUGGUUGGAGCUGCUCUCAGUCGUGUGGUCAGUGUGCCAACUCCUUGGCUUGUGACAAGGUGACGGGUACAUGUCCGAGUGGCUGUGUAGCAGGGUGGACAGACGACUUGUGCCAGACGGUAAGUUUGACAAUUAUUUAUAAAUCUUUUAAACGUUUCGACUUUCACAGCAGGACCGGAGAAAAGAGUGUCAAGUAAACAGGAAGUUUUACCACUGAUGAUGGAGAGGGCGGCUGACAGUUCAUUAUGUCUUUAAAAGCACAUUACUGUUGUACACAUCAUGUCAGUGUUGUAGACUGUCAGUGUCACAUUACGUCAGUGUUGUAAACAGUGUAUCAAUGUCACAUCACACCACAGUGUCGCAGACAUCACCAUACUGUGUAACUAAUAUCACAUUUAUUGGAGCUUUGGGUGUCCAUGAUGUUUUGCUUACAUUUUCCUCUUUCAUUUUUUAAUUACUCCGUUUUUCCUACAGUGUCCUUAUCCUUAAUAUUAUUUAUCCCAAUUAUCAUCAUUCGGUCUUUAAAGUGUCCAGCCAUAGCAUAGCUAGCAGACAGCCAAACAUUUGCCAGCAAGCAGUUUAUCACGCAAAGUCGAAAAAUCAGAUGUCCCCGUUAAUUGUAGACACUUUCAUACUAAGAAAACCUUUUAGUUUUGUUUGUUUUAUUCUUUGAUUAGUUAGAUGUGAUGGCUUAGUAUCUGAAUUCGGUUGGACCAAAAAAUAUAUAUAUAAUUUAAUCAUACCAAUCUGUUUUAUUUUUUCAAUUAAUUUGCCAGAUUCUUCGUAUUCUCAUUGUCACUUUCACCCAUAAUUAUUAUCUUAAGACAUUUAUUUUUUUAUUAACUUCAUAAAAGACUUUUAGUCAGUUUAUAAUUAUUUUAAUUAUCCAAUCUUUUACAACAUGAAAGUUCUGGACAGAAGGAUUUAGUGAUGCGUAUGUCAUUUUCUAUGCAAACAGGUGGUUUUUUUUUGUAUUUGCUUAUCGAGACUUGCCGAGUGAUGAGUUAAUACAAAUGAGUGAUUACGUAACACGUGCGCAGCUUUCUUUGAUCUUGCCACUACAUGCUUUUUCAAACUCCACCGAGCCUUACCGACAUUCAGUGAGGAGUUUGUGACCAUCGACUUUCGAAUAACAUUUGAUGGUGUUUGUUGAUCGACACUCGCGAUUUACUUCUAAAAAGGAGACGGUCCACGAUCGUGUGUUGAGAGAUGAUACCGACAGAUUUCUCUCUGAAACAGUUAAAUUUAAACUGGGCUGCACAGGGACCAUGAAGACUCACGAAAAAAAGCACGAUGACCACGAGAAAGGUAUUCUUGUACAAUCUUUUUGAAACACGCGAUGAUUUUCUUUUUUUACCCAAACUGACAGUUUCAGUAAAGGAUGGUUGUGAUGAUUACACAGACAUACAGUAGUGACAUAUUUAGCAUGUAAGAACUCAGUCCGACACACAUCACUGAAUUGUCUGAUACAAACUUGUACAGUGUGAUACAGCUGUCACUAGAAGUUUGUACAUCUUGUUAUGACAGCUUCCUCAACAUCCGACUAGAGAUGGACACCAACCUGAGAAACACUUUCAAUGUACACUUGUGUGAAGGAUGUUGAUAAUAUCAAAAGUCUAUUCCGAUGGAAGAAAUAAUUCUCGGAAGUUUUUACCAGAAGUUUUUGUCACAUUUCUGUGUUCUGAAAAAAACAUUUAUCAAGAAAACCUUCAAUUUGCUUACAAUUUGUUUACACCCACGACUAGAAGCAAAUCGAAUAGUAAGAAUACUUUGAAUGGUUAUUCUUUUAACCCUAGUCAAAACGAUUAUGCAACAUUUUACAAGGAAAAAGUCCUAUACAUUGAUUAAUAAAUAUGUUUUAGAAUAUUAUUUAUUUCAUUGUUACUAAAAAUAACAAUUUGGCGAGGUUACACAAUAUUAUCUUAUUUUCUUGUUUUCAUGAGCAUCCACAGUUACAAGUUAUCAAUGCCCACUGUAAUUUUGCUGGCAUCAAAUGUCUUUAUAGAUGAAUCACACGUGGACACAAGGAGGGAGACAAACCAAGGUAAGACUACACUAAGGUAAUGCGAUUAGCCAUUCAAAUUUUUAACAGUCAUAUUACAAUUGUAAUGAAUGUUCUAUUUGUGAGACUUCUUCAAAACUUUGCAAGAGAAAUAACCAGCCUCUUACUGGUAUCGACUCCCUAACCCUGAAGUUAACACAUAACAGUCACACAUCAGUAAAGAUCCGCGUGUUUCUCGUUUUAUUCCACACUCAUCUUUGUUUACUGUUCACUUUACAAAAGCUGUUUAAAGAUUUCUUAGUGCUUGUAUCAAAUAUUUUUCUGAUUUAUUUUCAGAGGUUUGUGUGUGUGUGAGAGUGUGUGUGUGUGUGUGAGUGUGUGUGGGUGUGUGAGAGAUACUUGAUUACAGAAUGACUGACACAACAACCAAUGUCUAUCUUGGUGAGCUACCUUCAACCUUCCAGUAAAGGGGACGCAACCUCAUACAUCGGUUGCUGGACCUGCGGUUUUUCACUGAGCUCAUUCAUCUGUGACCAUCCUGUUCAUUAUGCACACAAUUGUAUUGUUAUUAUUCUUCAAAAUAGUUCUUAUUCCAGUAAUUUAUUAAAACCGACACAAAUAACUGUAAAUGUACAACAUCUUUACUUGUAGAUCAAGACCUAAAGUAUGUAGAGAUGUUUUGUUUUCUAAGUUUAUUGAAUAAAUUAAAAAUAGUUUUACACAUUGAGCACUUACUGGUCCACUCAAAGUAUUUUAAUUUUUAAUUAGCCCACCAAUCUCUAAAUUUGUCGACUACACUAAUGUUAAUUUGUUUAACUUUUCUGUCGUUUCUCACAGGGGAGACAAGCUGACUGUUGUUGUCAUGGAAUACAAGUGUCUUCACUUCCAGCUCGAGCAGUCUGAUGCAUCACAUCAGUUGUCUGCAUCCUGUUCAGUACUCUCACUGUCUGGCCUUCACUCACUGAUACACAGAACUUUUCGCGAUGAUGAACCACUACCAUUACAGACAAUGUACAAACUUUAAAUUGUCCCACAUCCAAACUUACUUCUACUAUCACCUCAUCACCAACAGAAAGUCAAAAACAUACAAGAACUGUCAGAAGAAUUGAGAUAGAGAUUCUUAAUAAUGCCAUUUACUUAAGCAGUAAAUUUGUUCGUGAAAUAAUUACCUUUUUCAUUUAAUUCGUAUUCAACCAGACAUCCACGACAGACUCACUGGGUUUUGAAACAUACCUACUUUAUUUACUCGAGUUUAUCUCUUUCAACCACACACAAUUAUUACCAGUGGUGUUGGCUCCUACGACAGCUUCAGGAUAUUUCCAGACUGACCAACAAAACCACUUUUCUAAGAUCCUAAUGAUUAGCGGAACUGUGUUUGUUUAUACAAUCUGCACAUCAUACCUUGUGAUAUAUAUUAUCUGUCAGUGUGUCUGCAAGAUGAGCACAAAAAAGAGUUUCAGCUCAAGAAAACAAAAUAUUCCGUUAAAUAAGAAGCAUCAGAAAAGAUUCAUUAUCUCCUUAUAAUACAAUGACAUGUGUCACUUUAUUGGAAUAUUGUAAAUUUGUGAUUUGAUGUUUAUAUAUAAAACACAGACUUCAUGAUCCUUAAUAUAAGCGAGUGAGAGAGUGUGCGCGCCGACAUUCGAUUGUGUGAUGAUAUUCAUCUGUAAGUUUGUAUCAUAGUACUGCCUUCUCUAUUAGAUUAGAAUAAUAUUUAAAAUAUAUUAUCUUUGAGGCUAUUAGUCCUUAGAACAAAGAAUCGACAUGUAAAAUCACAUUUUAACUAAAGAAAGCGAACUAAAAAUUAUAAACAUGAGACAUUAGUCACUACCAACAAAAAAUACUUUUGAGUCUCUGUAACAUUAUGAGACUACACAGAAGUUUCUGUGGUUCUUAUAAACCUGGAAAUAUACUGACUACAUGUCAGUGUAGUCCACAUGACUGUCUAAAGGAAGCAUGUCAAGAGGAGGGCGGCCUGAGGGCCGCACACGUGAACAGAGGGCCGCACGUUGCACAUGUCUGGUCUAAGGAACGAUGACAGCAAAUUUCACGUUAGGAAAAGAGAAAUGGUGAAUUUGUCGAUAACAGAUAUAGAAGAUAGUAUCACAGGGUAGAACAAUGCGAGAGUUUCUAUCUCAAAACGACACACGGCUUUUGAGUGUGAGCAGCAUGAGUAAUGUGAGCAGCUUGAGUAAUGUGAGCAGCUCUGAGUGUAUCUUGCCAGUGUGCAGUUUGAGCAGUUCUGCUAGUAUGUCUUGCCAGUGAACAGUGUCAUCAGUUCUGUGGAUGGCGAUGUCUAGUCAGCCUCGCUGUUAUCAGGAUGUUUGACUGUAAGAUCAGAGUGACAACGAUUUAUCGAAGCACUUUCUGUCAAAUAAAAACAUACAU